AUGUUGAGGACAUUGUAUCACGACUAUCGAGAAAAGCUAAAAGUUUUGCUAGGUUUCCUAGAAGGCUAUGCAUUAGGACAGUGUUACUACAGACUGUUUUUAAAGGAUAUAACGUUUUUGGGAGAUACUGGUUUUGCUGUCGGCUUUAUAAUAAGUAUUUUGUUAGGUGUAGGCAAUGCGGUGUCAAUACAAGUUAGAUGUAUUUCCCUUCUCCUGCUUCCUAUGUACUGCGGGAAGGCCGGUAGGGGGGUCUUGAAGGCGGUUGUCCUCACUUACGUCGUAGCUGGCCCAAUAACGAACUUGGGAUUCAACGCAAAAGAGGUGGUACGAGUGUUUGCAUGCAGCACUGAACUGUCUUACAAUCUCACCAAAAUUAAAUACGCCCGGAUGUAUAGACCGUUGAACAAAGCACUUCUUAGUUUACGAAAAGAAGUCGACGGCAUCAAGGAAGCGUUCAGUUCAAUCCGUGACGUAAUCUCUCCGAUCGAGGGUGAGAUUGAAGGCAUGGACAAUUUGCAACAAAUGAAGGCUGAGAAUGAUUUGUCUGAUGCAUUGUUUGAUCUCAUACAGCGCUCUCAGAAGAAUGUCACGAAAAACCACGUCCUAGAAACGGAAGAAAGCCAGCGAUAUCAGAGAUUAUAUCAUCAAAAAAUGGGAAUCCGUUGCGAGAACCAACUAUCCCACACAGUGACUUUAUGUAUGGACGCGUUUUCAUCGGCUUAUGAUGAAUGUCACGUAGCAGUUCCCGCGUACGCAACGAUUAUGUGCUGGCCCUUGCUGUUGCCAAGGGUUUGUAAUGUAAAACAAUUGCUUGGGAUUGGGAUAUGCAACAGUAGAAACAAGAUAAACCCUGGACUCGGAUUGGGUUACUCUUAUCUAAAAUCGGCCAAAAGAGAAAUAGUUUCAAAUCUUACGGAUAUUAAAUUGCAACAUAAAGUUACAUAUGUACGGGAGCUUCAUGAUGUUCAGGAUGCAAAGGAAACAGGUGACAGAGUUCUGUACACGUUCAGUGAAAAGUUCAUUACAAUGCAAUCGGUUAUCACAACCGUCAACAUAUGUUUGGCUUUGCUCGUUCUGCGUAUCGUAUACUCUGCGCAGAACUACCACGACCUCUACUUGACCAGCAUCGACUACGACAACGUUUAUAUCACAGGAUAUUUUAAAAGAAUCGAUCAAAAGCGACGAAAGAAGGGUAAAGUUACACUUUUACCUCUCAAAAAGAUGGAAAUAAACAGAUACAUAGACGUGCUUUCCACUUCUUACGUACUAUCGGAGCGUAGCAAACUGUUGAGUCAGAUACUCAAAGUGAUGCUAGAAGCUGUGACGGCCACUACAUUUGUCAUGCUAGACAGAUUGUUCUACGAGGCUUUGGAUGUUGUAAGAAAACACGCGAUGGAGAGAAUACCGUCAUCCGGCGUACAAGACCUUGAGAUUAAGGUGGAAAGCAGUGGUCUUAUAUCAUACAUGCUACGAAAAGUGCUCGAAGAACUGAAUUCCAACAAUCAACAUAAAAUGGUUUCCAAUGAAAUGUGUCUGCCGCAACCUCGGGCAAUGCCUAAGAUGUUUUAUUUUAGAAUCUACGGCGGGUACAUUUGGAUACUGCUGCUUCUGUGCAUUAACCCUUAUACGUUGAGACUGCGAAGAUUGAUUUGCAGCUAUUUCUACCCUGUACGUGAAAAGCAACGUAUACUGCAUCGCUACAACGAUGUACUGAAGAAGCGCGUUAAAAUGCAGAAGACACUGCGAAGGAAGGCAGUACAGGCUGUGCGAGCCCACUACCUCUCAGGGGAGAACCUGCUGAGCUUGAGAAUAAGAUUUCCGCAGCUGCUUGGAUGGCUUGAGGCGCUGCCAGUCGCUAGGAUGAAGUGUUUAAUCUGUGAGGAGACUGCUCCGACGAAUUGUGACAACCGCUCCAAGUCGACACAAGGAUGGCACUCGUGUACAAAAACAAGAUGUCCUUUUGUGUACUGUGACGAGUGUUGGCAGGAAGUGGAAUCGCGAUGCCUCGCCUGCGACCCUGCGCUUGCAGAACUGAGCGACAUAGAUUCGCUUAGUGAUGACAACCUGCCUCGGCAUUAACCCCUGAUGCCAGAAGCGGUUAGGGCUUCGGCUUCACUUUCGGAGGGCCGAGUUCAUAUCCCAGCACAACCUAUCGUUUUUCUAGGUGUGUGCGUAUCAAAAUUUAUUCAACGGUAAAGGAAAACA